CGGCGACCCAUGACGACCGCGCGUUUCCAUCCCCACAUACACCGCGAAUUUCGUACAUUCACAUAAGCAACAACAGCAUGUGGGCUUCUCGCGAUGGCGCAUCAGAUCCACCAAUUAUCUCGUCGAGUUCACGCCUGACCACGCUCUCCAUCCAGAUUCGUAGGAGGCCUCGAGAGAUUCAGUCCCAACAGUCGCGGGCGAAGGCCUGGCUCUUCCAAGUCCCCGAUCCUGUGGCCCGUCCGGGACUGGCAUUGACAGACGCCUUGCACAAUGCUAAUUUGCCGAAGCUUAGUACUCAAAUCUUACUAGCAUUAGAGCUCUUCAUUCGGGUGGCGAAAAGAUUUGUCAUAUUUCCCACAAUGUAAUCUUGGG